UGUGAGGGUGGACAAUUAACUGACCAUGGUCACACUAACAAAUCCCACUACAGACCCCUUUCUAUAUAUAAAGCUCUUCUUUUUUUUCACAAGUAGAGUAGUAGUUAAGCAAAUACUAUCAGACAAAUCAUUCAUAACUCAAAUAGAAAUUGUAGAGAGAGAAAGCCAUCAAGAAAGGGAAGUAGAUCGGAGCGCUAGCUUUUCCAGCUUUGAUCUAUUUCAUUGUCUGUCUACCAUGCGUCCUCUGUCUCCGUCAGCUCCACCUCAAGUUUUGAUAAGUUCCUGUGGGACUAAUGAUGAUAUCUUUUUGACCCUCGACCAGAUUAACCGUGGAUCAUCCAUCCCGGAUGAUUUGAUUGUUGAUAAUCCCUAUCAGUAUGAUCCUCUAAAUGUGCCAGUUGGAUCAUGGUUUCUAGUAGGAAAAACUGAGGAAAAAGAGACGAAACAUGGACUCUGGAGAGUAAAAUAUCCAGCCCGUCAAAUAUUUGCAAAUUCUGCCAUCAGUGGUUGGAGAACCACAUUUGAAUUUUUCCAAGUCCAAGCCACUAUCGAAGAGAAAACUGGCUGGAUCAUGCAUGAGUAUAAAGUAACACCGAAUGGGAAGCAUGAUCAGACUCAGACCAAGUCACAGGAGUCUGCAAUUUGUAGAUUGUUUAGUUUGUCGAAUGAUCCAGAGCAAAACGAUGAUCUUGGUGUGGAGUACUUGCUUAGGUCGUUUUCAUCAGUUAAUCCAGACACUAGUAGAAACAAUGGGCAACGUUCAAUUAGUGAACCCCAGAAGUUUUAUCAGCUAAACAGACAGACAGAAGGGACUGGGUCAUCACUUGUUGUCAAAUCUAGAGAUCAGUCUGUUGAUGAUAAAGUAGCUGAGAAAGAUUGUAUUUUACGAGGGGACUACCUUGAAUUGGACGAUCUUGCUGAUGCAGCAUCACAUUCGUCUAGUUCAGAGAAUUCAAGUCGCCAGAGCUUCGAAUCUGAUGGAUUUUUUGACUCUCUGGCACUUCUUGCUGAUCUGGAUGAUGAGAAAAAAGAGGAAUUGAUUGGAAAAGGUUCAACUAUCAAUCACAGCAUAAUGAUGUGUGAAAUAGGAAAUGACGUGCUUGUGCAGCCUGCACCUUUAGGGUUUCUUGUUAAAGGGAGUGACGCUGGAGCCAAAGAAACUCAACAAGUUCCUGAUAAUAACAAAUCCAUAUCUCUAAGUGAGCCAUCCCCAGAUCAAGCUGCUAAGAAGCUGAAGACUGACCGUAUGGAUGAAGGUCCAUCACAUGCUUGUAGAGCGAUGACAUCUUCUAGCAGCAACGGCGACGAACCUGGACGUGCAGCAAGAAGGGAGGAGAAACGUACCAAGAAGCCUAUGAAGUUCCUGUGUUUUAUGCCUUUCUAGAUCCUUGCUAUUUCAACUCUCACUAUUAUAGUUGAUAAACACAUGCAAGCAGCCUAGAACAAUUUAACCCAAAAAAAAAGGGUGGGUGGAGAGAAAGUUUAAGUUAUUGAAUAUUUGAUAUUUUCUUAGUAAACUAAAUUUUAAACUUUAUGAUGUGUGUAAGAUUUAGAAUAGGAAAGUAAUUCUCUUAAAUACAAUUGAAAAAUUGGAACAUACUCAUUUGUAAUAUUAAGAGAGAUACAUCGAGUGCCUUUUAUGUUUUUAUAGCUCUUCAAAUGA